AUAAAGCUCACAAACACACACGAGAGAAUGAUUGGGGAGAUAGAGCGCGCAUUGAUGAUCUCUCUCUGCUCACCAUCAACCCUAUUCAAAACAUGUCAUCUCAACCUAUCAUCACUGCCACAUGUUCGGCACCAGUUAACAUUGCAGUCAUAAAAUAUUGGGGUAAACGUGAUACAAAGCUAAUCUUACCAACAAAUGAUUCACUUUCCGUCACCUUAGAUCAAGAUCAUCUUCGUAGUGUUACAACCGCAAGGGCUGAUAUCUCAUUUCAAAAAGGAGAUCGUCUCUGGCUAAACGGCGUAGAAGAAGAAAUCGGAACAGAAGGACGCUUACGUACAUGCAUUGAAGAAUGUCGUAAAGUACGUAAAGGAAUGGAAGCUAAAGAUGGUUCAUUGGCAAAGAUUUCAGGAUUACCAUUACACAUCUGCAGUGAAAACAACUUCCCCACAGCUGCUGGAUUAGCAUCUUCUGCUUCAGGUUUCGCUGCUUUGGUUGCCACACUAGCGGCUCUUUAUGGCCUCAAACCCACUCUCAAUUCCUCCGAUCUCAGUAAAUUCGCACGUCAAGGAAGUGGAUCUGCUUGUAGAUCUUUGUUCGGCGGUUUUGUUGCUUGGCAAUCAGGAACGGAAGCAUCAGGUGACGACAGCUUAGCAAUUGAAGUCGCACCCCGCGAGCAUUGGCCUACACUGCAAGCAUUAAUCUGUGUUGUGAGCGAUGCAAAGAAAGGUACUCCAAGUACGGCGGGUAUGCAACGUACAGUGGCUACUUCACCACUAUUGCAACACAGAAUCAAAGAUGUCGUGCCUGCACGAAUGGAAGCGAUGCGAAAAGCCAUUAAAGAUCAUGACUUUGAUUCUUUUGCAGAUUUGACAAUGGCAGACAGCAACAACUUCCAUGCAUGCGCUUUGGAUACCGCACCACCAAUUUUCUACAUGAAUGACGUUAGCAGAGCAAUCGUUCAGCUAGUGGAAGAAUUCAACCGAGCAAGUGUGGCAGAAGGAAAGGGAAAACGUAUCGCUUAUACUUAUGACGCAGGACCAAAUGCAGUCCUCUAUGCUGAAGAGAAGGAGAUGAAGACGAUUUUGGCUGUCAUUCGUCAUUAUUUCCCAAAUACUGAUUUCGAUGAUACGUUCAACUUAUUGGGAGCAGGUGCAAAUGCUUCUCAUCGUGGUGCUCAAGAAGCAGUUCCAUUGCCAACCAACGAAGUACCAAAAGGUUUCAAUGAGAACGUCAUUCCUGUUCAAGAACCUGGAGCAGUUCGUAGAUUGAUUCACACUCGUGUAGGAGAUGGACCACGUGUUUUACAUACAUGGGGAGAUGGAAAGGGCACUGCAGGUGAUGUUAAAGAGAGUCUUUUGGGAGAAGAUGGAAUACCCUUGCGAUUGCAAAGAGCUAAACGUGCUUAACAUUGAGGAAUCAGAGCAUUAGAUGUAUACGAUUUUUAUAGUCUUAGUAAGCAGCAUUCACGCAAUUAAAUCAGGCAUAUUUGCAGUCUUAUCUUGCGCGUCAAAAGCAAUGACUCGCCGAAGACGGUGUAAGAUUUUAAGAAGGAAGCUAAGAAUUUUAUCA